AUGGAUAAAAUAUACGCAUCCCUGACAGAAAUUGAACGAAGAAAUGGCUAUAAAAUUGAUUUACUGAUCAGUUGUGGUGAUUAUCAGGCAGCACGAAAUACGGGUGAUUUGAGUCAUAUGCACGUGAACAAGAAGUAUCGAUCGUUGAAGACAUUUUAUCGCUACUAUUCAGGAGAAUUGGUCAGUGUUUCAAUAUAUAUUGAUUAA